GUUCUUUUGGGCCAGUGCUGCGCCAUGGCAGUUCCAAUCGCCGACUUUGAGGACGAGAGCGGAUUCCACACGCCUGAGAAUAUCUCGGUGGACGCGGAUGAUGCGUGGGGGGAGGAAGCACAAAGGCUACUUCGCCAGCACCGUCUUUCAUGCGACCUGGAGGCCGUUCGCAGAGACCAAAAGCCUCAGCGCCGCUUCAAGCGGCCCUUUGAAACCUUGGAAACGGCCUUUCAAGUCACGUGCCAAGUCAUGGUGGCUCUACUCUCCCCGCGGGUCCAUCCAUGGAUGCGCCGGUUGUCGGCUUGUCUCCGGAUGCAAAGGACAUACCCU